AUGCCACCAAAACGAGGACCAAAAGCUCAAAAGCUUCACGAACCACUUCCACCAAAAACAGAGAUCAAGACGAAGCUGUUUCCGCCGCUUGUGAUAACUAAAGAGAUCGGCCAAGGUGGAUUUGGACGGAUAUAUGCUGGUAAAUGCAAGGUAAUAGUCUUGUUUGGGUGUUUUAUUAGUUUGUAAAAUGUAUUUUAUAUAUUUAGUUAUGAUUUUAUUGCUUUUAAAGGUAAAUUUUAUGUUAAUAUUAGGUGUUUUACUAUGUGAUAAGGAAAUGUUGUCUUGCAGGAUACGAAGGAAGACGUGGCGAUAAAAGUUGAAGAGAAUGCUGGAGGUGGUUUAUAUGUGGAAUUCCAGAUAUUCAGAAACUUUUUGAGUGAGAAACAGCUAAAUGAAUAUAAAAAAGCUAAAAGUAAGUGCUUUUGUUGGUUAUUUUGUUUUUAGGUAUUACUUCUUGGUAAAGCAGGAUGUACCUUAUUUUAUGGCUUAAAAUAACGUUGCUUAAACGUAAAUGGUAUAUUUCAUAAUUCUAAAACUCAAAAAUCUUACGUAAAGCAUCAAAAUUGGGAUGUAACUACUUCAAAAUUUGUUUUUGAGUCGAAAUUUGGUUUUUAUUUUAUUAGAUCCACACGUAUGAUUCAUAACUUUGGUAUAGAUCAGAAGGGUUUAACUGUUUUUUUCUAGAGUUAUCGUUCCUUGGUUUACCUCACUUCAUAUCAUGGGGAGUAUUUACUCCAAAGAAUGUUCAACUGCGAUAUGUGGCUAUGCCACUGUAUACCGGGUCUUUGCAAGAGUUUAUCAAUAAACAGAGCGGCGAAGUAUUGUCUUUAGAAGACUGUAAAGAAAUCAUUCCAACUGUUUGUGAUGCAUUCGAGUAUUUACAUUCCAAGGUGAGUUUAGAAUGUUUUAGAAUACUGUUUUAGUAGUCUUCCAUUCUUAAUAUUAGCAUUUAAAGGUUAAAAAACAGUUUUUUUUGUUUAACAUUUAAUGAAUUUCUUUAGGAUAUUGUUCAUGCUGAUCUCAAAGCCGAAAACUUGAUGUUUUCCAAGUCUUACGGGCAUAAAUUGAACCGACUUACAUUAAUUGACUUUGGAAUGUGUGGUAGAAGAACACAUGAGAUUGUAGAGCAACCAGACAAAGGAAAAGCUCACAAUGGCACAGCUUUAUAUACGUCUACCGAUGCUCACAGAGGUUGUGCGCCUUCUUAUCGUGCUGACUAUGAGAUUCUGGGGCAUAAUCUGGUGGCAUGGAUGGCUGGGGUAGAAAACUUGCCUUGGGAGGUAUGCUUUAUUUUUUUUGUAUAGAACAUUUGUAUUUUAUAUUUUUGGCUUUGUGUUUUGAAUGCUAGUAUGUGAACAAUAAGAACCUAUGUGUGGUUUAUUAUGAUUUUAAAUUUGUCAUGGAUAAUAUAAAGUAUUUUGUGAUUUUAGAAGUUUAUUACAAAACUGGACCAAGUUCAUUCAGCCAAGAGCAAGCUGAUGGGAAGCAAAAGUGACAUUGAGAAGCUAGUGUUAGAUAAAGUAGCAGCUUCUUUGAUCUAUGAUUUAUAUCAGCUGACGAAGAAAACAGGCUACAAGAGCUAUGUUGAUGUGGCAAAGGUUAAGAAGGUAUGGCCUUUUGUUAUUUUUGUGAAUGAAGUAUUAUUAGGUUAUUUUCGAGUUUUUCAGAGGUCAGUUUAAUGAAAAUUUAAUGUUUUUUAGCUGGCAGCUCAAGCCAAGUCUACUACAACAUCCAGAAAGCCAGAAUCUUCGCGAACCAGGAAGCGAUCAGCCGAACUUGAAGAACAAACGGCAACAGAAUCCUCACCUACUAUCAUUCCGAGCUCUCCACCAACCUACAGGCCAAAAAAGUCAAAAAAGGCGGUGUCAGAAGAACCCACCGUAAGCACAGAAGCGAAACGAAGGGAACAAGCCGACGACAGAGCCGCCAGAGCACGGAAACGGAAUCUUCUUCCCGAGAUCAUCGUAGAGAAAGACGAAGGAGGAGGAGGAGAAGAAGGCGUAGAAGAAGUAGAGAACAGCGAAGUAGCUUCACCAGUAGCGGCGAAGCUUAAGAAACACAAGGCUGUCAUUAAGACUAAGGUUAGGGCUAUGUCCGGUAAGGAACAGAUGAUUUUUUUUGUAUUUUAGGUAUUAAAUUUUAUUUUUUCGUUUGUUUUUAACAAUAUUUUUUAAAAAAGUGGCAGUUUGCGAAGAUUUUUGGCAAGUAAAUGAAGAUUUAUGAAGUUUUUGGUUUGAAGCCGUUAAAGGUUGAUUUUAUGUUACUAAUGGUAUGGUAAGGUAUAAGGGAGUAUUGCUAUUAGUAUCAUAAGUUACUAAAAGUCAAGCGUGUUUUAAAACAAUAGACUUUCAAAAAACUGCUAAAACACUGUUUUUUAGCCGACCAAACCAUCAGUCCGGCCUCAUUUGAAAAGCUGGCUAAGCAAUUCCCAGGGAUCCGAAGCUUUGGCAAGGUGACGAGAGCUAUGGCCGAGAAAUACGCAAAAUGA